UUUUUGCUAACGUCAAACCUAAAUAUCAGGAGAGUCAGUUCAGUCAUAUCUUAACAUUCCAUUAAUUUGUCGAGUGCAUAUUCAUAAGCCUGAAAUUUGUGCUUCUCUUAUUACUAAGCAAGUUGCUUUUAGUGGUUAAUACUGAGCAAGAAUGAAGUGGUUUGGAGGAAGUAUUCCAGAGGCUAUUAGUUCAGCCAAAACACAGAAUGCCAUAUUUGUGGUAUAUGUGUAUGAUUCAUCAGAUGCUUCAAAAGCUACUGAUGAAGUCCUUGUAGACACAGAUAUAUCAGCAGUCUUGAGUUCAAAUAAGUUCGUAGCAAUUAAGCUUGAGAAUGGUACUGAAAGUGCCUUGCAGUUUUCUCAGAUCUAUCCUUUGGUGCUUGUUCCGUCGCUGUUUUUCAUUAGUGGUCAGACAGGAUUACCAUUAGAAGUUCUUGGAGGACCACUUACUAAAGAUACUAUAAGGCAGAAGCUCACCUCCUUGGUUCCUGAAGAAAAUCAGGGUGCCAGUGCUGCUGUGACAGCUAAUGAAAAUGUGAAAGAGGCUGACACACAGAACUCCAGUAGUCAACAUGAACAGGAAGAAGAUAAACCAAACUCGACAGAGGAAGGUGCAGCCUCUGCCAUUGCCUUGAUUCAGUCACCAAAAGAGUCAACCCCUGACGACCAAGCAUCCCCGUCCGGCUUAGGCAAUGAAAAUAAGUCUGAGGCAAAUGUAACCCCAGACUCAGGAAUUCAAGAUGAUUCAGGAACCCCAGAACAUGAAGAAAAUGACAGUGAAGCUAUAGAUGAUUCAGUCAGCUUGGAAGAAAGAGUAGAGAGAGCAAAGGUUCUUCUUGCUCAAAAACGAGCAGCUCAAGCACAGGAGAAAGCACAUGAGGAGAGACAGAAGGAAAUGGAACGCAGAAAGAUGGGUCAAGAGAUAGCUAAAAGGAAAUUGGAGCAGGAAAACAAGGAGAUCCGAGCUGCAGCCGAAGAACGCCGAAAAGACAAAGAAGAGGACAGAUUAGCCAGAGAGAGAGUAAAAGCCCAGAUUGCUGCUGACCGAGCAGAACGAGAGGCUCGCCAAGCUCUUUUAAGAGGGGAAGAACCACCUGCAGCUCCACAGCCAAGGCCUGUUGCUUCAGUUUCUGUUCCUGCUGCUUCAUCAAACAAUAGUAACAUUUCCAGGAUCAAGUUCCGUCUUCCUGAUGGAUCCUCAAGCAUAGCACAGUUUUCUUCAAGUACCACGUUGGAAGAAGUAAGACAGCAUGUGAGACAGAACAUUAAUCUUCCUUUCUCCAGUUUCACCUUGACAUCAACUGUCCAUAAUCGACCAUUUACAUCAGAAGAUAAUGACAGGUCUCUUACUGACCUUGGCCUUGUACCAUCAGCCAUCUUGAUCAUUUUAUCUCAGAGCAGUAUAGGAGGCAGUGGUAGUGUUGUUCCUUCCGGUGGGAUAGUAGAUUUCUUCUGGAUUCUUCUUUCUCCAAUUACAUUUCUGCUUGGUUUAGUCCGGCAACUGUUUGGUGGAAAUUCAGCACCUCGUUCUCCAUCCACUUCUGGGAGUGAUGAACCUACAGCCAAAAGAGCUAGAGAGGAAGGACCGUCGUCUUCCCAACAGAGACCCCAGACGGCAUAUGGUAGUCGUGCUGAAGCACGAUUGCGUAGAGAAGGUAACAUUCACCGACUCCGCAAUAAUGAUGAUGACGAUGAUGAAAAUAAUACAUGGAAUGGUAAUUCAACCCAGCAAAUGUGAAAUGAAAAUUCAUUUUUAUUCACUGCAAGACAGGUUGUAUAAUAGUUCAUCAUUUAGUCAAUGAUAUUGAUGAUAUUGGGAUGAUUUUUGUGGUAUUUUCCACUUAUAUUAUAUAUUAUGUAUGCUAAAUAAACACACAUACACAUAUAGGCACAGCCAGACACAGAUACAGACAGAUAUGGGAAUAUAUGGAUCAGACAGUUGUGUAGCACUUUGAAAAUCUUGAAAAUAUUCUCUUUGUGUGUGUAGGUUGGGGUGUGUGUGUGCGCGUGCGUGAGCAUGUGUUUAUGUGUGGGGGGGUGUAAGUGCGUAGGUAUGUGAAUGAGUGUGUGUGUGUGUGUGUGUGUUAAUGUAUGUAUGUAUGUUUGUGUUUGUAAAUGCGUGUGUAAGUGUAUAUAUGUAUAUGUCUGUUUUUGUGUCUAUGAAUGUGUGGGCAUGUGUGCAUACAUGAUUGCAUACAUUUUUGUUUCUUUGAGCAUGUAUUUGUGUGCAUGAAUAUAUGACUGCUUGUAGAUUUGUUUUUUACUUGUAUUUGUAUUGCAUAGUUAUACAUGCACACAGGUGAUAGAUGAAUAUAUAAGCACUUCUUGUGUGCACUUAUCUAUAUAUUUAAUCAUACUGGUGGCAAAGCGAAGAAUGGUGCCCAGUGUACGGCAGGUCAAGUACUUCUGUUACAGGGAAGUAAUGUCCCUUGCAGGGGAUGGUAACCAAGGCUAUCAGAGAUCUGCCUUUCUUCUAUAUGUUCAAAAUAUCAAUCUGUCUCAGUGUGAAGAGCAUUGAACCAGCUCUGACUAAUUUUCUGCAGUGUAAGGUCUUGCAGCACCAAACUUGAACUACUCCAAAAGACAGCAUUUUAGUAUGCAUUUUUUCAAUAGCCUGUCAAGCAAUAAAGUUUCUCUGAAUGGUAUGUACAUACCUUAAGAAGAAUCUUUAAAGCCCUUUGCAAAUUGUUACCUUUUAUAAUGAUAGCCACUUAUUUAUGACCAAAUGUUAUCACCACCUUUAAUAUUCAUAGUUGAAGUAUGUAUUUUGUGAAUGUAUCAUGUUUUUUGAGUGAGUCAAUUAUGAUAUCAGAUAUUUAUGUUUUGCUGACUCAUGAUAUUGCAUAAAAAAAUAAUAUAAUGGAUUAAGAUAUGGACAAGAAAUUAUUGCUUUAAAUAUUGUAUUUAUUAUUAGCCUACCUGUUAGCAUGUCCAUUUUUUGGAAUUCAUGUACAUGUUACAUGUGAGGUUCAGGAGAUACACUUUAGACAUUUGAUAAUGGAAAUGAAAACUAUUACUUUGCAAAGGAGUAAAAUAUUUAUUAGUGGUACGAAAGCUUAUUGAUUAUAGCUAAAUUGUUAUUAGGUGCUGUAUCAGUGUUGAAAGUUGAUAAAAAAAUAUAUGUUAUAAAGAGAUUUCAUUUUCUCUUUUUUCAGUUCCCAAAAGGGUUUGGGUUUGAAAUAAUUUUCAUUGGAUUUAAAACUUAUUUGUAUUGUGCAAUAUGUUUUUUCUGUGAAGUGCGAAGAAAUGCACGUGAAUAUUUAAUUUUCCACAAUAGUUUGUUAUUGAGAUGAAAAAUAUACUCAGAGGAAAUGUAACAGACUUUUACUUUCCAAUCAUGUUUCAAAUGAUUCUGAUUUUAUAUAUUUCAUCCAAAAUAAUCUUGCAUACUUUAUUAAUGAUGUUAUUAUUACUGUCCUCACUUAAUUAAAAUGAAAAUAAUUUUUAUGAUACCCUGGCAUUGGAGUUCAGAACCUGAGUUCAGGUCACUGAGAUAUAUGGAAUUAUUUUGCCUUGAUUAAUAUUGUCUUUCUCAAAUCAAAGAAACAGACAGUUUAGUAGUAUGAAUUGUCUUUGUUGAAUUUUUCCUCAUUCAUAGAAAUACUAAUAAUAGGUAAAGAUGUUGGUAUUUCCUAGUUCAUCAGAUUUAUUAGUAAAUUCCUAUCGAUACCUAUUAGUGAAAUAUAGAAGGAAUGGUCAACGUAAUUAAUGAAUUAACCCAAUAUGAAUGUACUAUUUUUAUGAUUAUCACUGUCAUUGUCAUUGCUUUUAUUAUUGUCCUUUUUAUAUUAUUUAUCAUUAUAUUGAAUAAUAGCCUUAACAAUAAUGAUAUAUCAAGGUAGGAAUGAGGAAGCCAAUCAAGUAACAAAUGUAGUAAAACAGUUGUUUUUUGGAUGAUGUGACAGCACGUAAUGUAGCAUAGGUGUAAGACACUCAAAUCUCAAUUACCAUAUAAUCAUAUUUCUUAUGUAAAGAAACAUCGUACUACCAGACGCUGUGUGUGAGACAGCUGGUUUUGCUCAAGCAUACUGCUGUGAUUUGCUGGGCCCGUGGAUCAUUAUGUAGGAGUCUCCCCUUACACAAAAAUAACAACAAAAAAAGAAAAAAAAAAGAGAAAAAUGCCAAGAGGACUGUCGGAGCCUGUCUUUAAGACAACAAAGGCUCUAUUUCCUUGAUGUAAGAUAGUUGAUAUAUACCCCAUGGAAACCUGCUGAGGGCAGCACACGGCAUAGUACAUGUGUGUAGCAUGGCCACCUUGUCGCUCACACGGUUUUUAUUUUUAUUAUUAUUUUUUUAUUGGUUUUAUUUUCUAACUUUUUAUUCGUGGUUAUAUGGAUGGCGGAUAUGGGCAAGCAUGGCCAGACCCAAGAAUUGUUUUUGAGAUGUAUAUCAAGAGGGAGACAAUAAAUAUAAGUUUGCA